GAAAUCCUCUCGAGAUGGAAUCCGCGGCGUCCACGCAGGCUUGCAAACCGCCUCGACUCGGAUCAAUCCCAAGCCCUUCGAACUCAUCUCCGAGGAGAACUUUCCCUCGGAUAUAUGGGACUGUGAGAGAUCGCACUAUCGCAGCCAAUGAGGGAAAUACUCUCGGAGGGCGACCUGGGAAACACUCCAGUUACGGCGCCCCACGACGCGACUGCGGCUCUGCACCAGACGCCAUGAUCCUGCUAACAAUUCACCCGAAAAGCAUGUCUCAUUCUCGAUAGAUCGCUCACUCGCCGUUGCCUGGCUGCCACCAUCACUGCGCACAACAUCGGGGCUGUUGUUGCCAACGAGAUAGCGGUACGUGCACCGCCGGCCGCUCUGAACAAGUGUCAAGUACUGGGCGCCCUGCUUGGCUGAGACUUCGACCGCUAGCAACUGCACGAUGGCUUGGACCCGUGCUUCUGUGCUUACUGCGCUCGUCUUGCCAUCUCUGGUUGCGUGCGGGCUGGUGGACCAAGUGGAACGGGCCCUCGCGACUGUGAGAGAUUGCGGGACGUGCCAUGCCGCCCUCCCGACGUUCAAGACCCUUGCCGCCCUCGGCGACGAACGAUUCGUGCAGACCAUCACUGCAGCCUGCAUCGACAUGAAGAUCGAAGACUCCGACGUGUGCGAGGGCGCGAUCCGCACGCAAGGUCCCAUCCUCGCGCACGACCUCCGCCACUUCACGCUCGGCAGGCAGACUGCGACCAAGUUCUGCGAGGCCGUCUUCGGCAUGUGCGCUCCGCCUCCCGUGAAUUCGUACGACGUUCCGUUUCCCAAGCCCGCCCCGGAGCACCCGAAGGAGUUCGUCUCGCGAGGCAGGCCGCCGUUCCGCGUGAUGCAUUUCAGUGAUAUGCAUAUCGAUCGGCAGUAUGAGGUGAAUUCGGAAUCGAAGUGCACCAAACCCCUCUGUUGCCGCACUUUCGGCCCUGAACCGCCUUCCCACAUCAAGCUCCCUGCGCUGCCGUUCGGUAUGCGGACGUGCGAUGCGCCGGGCGUGCUUGCAGACACCAUGCUCGACGCCGCGGAAAACUUUGGCGCAGGCGCGAAGUUCUCGAUCUUCACCGGGGAUGUGAUCGAUCACGCAGUGUGGGAUGUGGAUGAGAACGGAGUCUCGCGCGACAUGCAGGUGUUCAGCGACCAGAUGGCAACGAAGCUCAGCGCGCCGCUCUUCCCCGCGCUAGGAAACCAUGAGUCCGCGCCGACGAACAGCUUCCCGCGGAACACGACCGAGCACGAGAUCACCGCCGAAUGGGUGUUCAACGCACAACGCGCUGGCUGGAGUCAAUGGAUCGGCCCGAAUGCCACGGAACAAAUCCGACAUUACUCCGGGAGCUACUCGACAGUAGCGCCGAGCAUGGACCUCAGGAUCAUCUCGGUUAACACGCAGUACUGGUACAAGCAGAAUUUCUGGCUGUACGACAGCGAUGAACAUCAGCCCGACCCGAACGGCAUUCUCGCUUUCCUCGUCGAGGAGCUGCAGGCGGCGGAGGACGCGGGCGAGCGCGCAUGGAUCAUCGCACACAUGCCGCCAGGCAGAGGGGAUGUCAUGCGUGACCAAUCGGUGUAUUUCGACCAGGUGCUCCAGCGGUACAAGAACACGAUUGUGGGGCAGUUCUAUGGGCAUACCCACGCGGACGAAUUCGCGAUAGGGUACUCGAACUACAGUGAGCGGACGGCCGCGAACGCGAUCGGUGUGGCGAUGAUUGGGCCUGCUAUGACGCCUAUGAGCGGCAAUCCGGCGUUCAAAGUGUACGAUGUUGACCCAGACACGUUCGAGAUCAUGGAUGCGAAAACGUACUACACUAGUAUUUUCGACCCCGAGCAUCAACUGCAUCCCAAAUGGCAUCUCCUUUACAGCGCCCGCGAGACCUACGGUCCCCUGGUUCCCUCCUUCUCCGACCGCCCGGACGCGCCGCUCAACCCGGCAUUCUGGCACGACCUCACGGAAGUCUUCCGUACGAACGACCGCGCGUUCCAGAUGUACAUCGCGCACAAGCCGCGCGGGCGCGAGUUUGUGUGGGGCUCGUGCGAGGGCGCGUGCAAGGAGGGCACGCUGUGCGAGAUGCGCACGUUAAGGUCGGACGUCUGUGGUAAGGUGUCAGGACCGGUGUUCCACCUCCCGGAUGGCAACGGGCGCUUUGUCGGAGCGCAGAUGCAAUCCUGCGAAGGACAUGGCAUCGGGCAUAUCCUCAAGAGUUUGGCUAAGACCGCACCUGAGCACCUCGCGUGGGUGGAAGCCCCUCCAACAAUAUUCGAGGAGCAAUCCCAGCAGGUGUUAAACGGUUGACCUUCCCCUGAACGGGAUGCCUGUCAUAUGUAAUACAUUUUCCGUCGAGAGGACAUGGAGGCCGCAUAGAAAUCCGGCCAGGGACUACCUACCUAUCCACGUGUAUGGCGCACAAUGUAUCUUUUCCUUGUACGUACUCGCCUAAGGACUGUAUUUUGGAUAUCCGGGAGACAUUUCAUCGUUUGUUACCAUGUGGAUGGACGUCAAAGCCACAGCAUUCGUCGGCACUUUGCCAGAUCUUACGACCAUCUCGAUGCUGAGCAAGGACUACAAUCGUCCCAACCAUAG